CACAGCAGAGUGAAACUAAAGAAAUGACUGCAAACCAGGACCAUCAAAAUGAUAACAUGGCUGUAGAAGAUGCACCGGAUAGUGAUGUCACUGAUAACUCGUCAUGUUCAGGCAAUAUAGAUAUAGACAAGACUCCAGAGAGACUGCUUGCUAAUCCCUCAAGACGCUCUACUGAGGAAAACCAUUUCAUAGGAGAAGACCCUGAUUGUUUACAAGAUGAGGAAACACCAGACAGAAUGUCAGCUCAUUUUGCUAAAAGAAGAAAGACAACAAAUGAUAUUUGGUCCUCAGGCAGCAAUAGAGAAGACAGGUUGUGUAGGAGUACACUGGAUGUACCUUCAUGCUCAGCUAAUUUUCCCCAGAGUAGAAGUGUGGCACCUCCUCUAGGUAUGUCAGGUUGCAUUAAGCUUCCUACUCAGCAGAUACACUCUACCAACAGAAAGGAAAAGCUCCUCUCCGAAGGCUGUACAGAUGCUAAGAAAUCCACAAGGCCUGAUACUUCAGAGGGAUGUUCAUCACAUGUUUUGAACGUAGAACCAGCUAGGGACCUUGGCGCAGAAGAAAGUUCAGUAACACAUCCGUCAGGGGAUCUUUCUGUGACAGAACCAGAAUCGCCUUCCUGCUCUCCUUUUAUCCUGGAGAGAGAUGGGAACAAGGUCGACGUGUCUACCAGUGUCAGUGAUGCCUCACUGGAGAAAAUGAAAAAUAACAUUAAAACUCUGUGGAGUGCAUUAAACGGACAGAACAGAGGAACCGUUUCUAAUAUACUCAGUCCUCAACAGAGAAACUCUUUGCCAAGUAAACUAGGAAUUCUUUCUGAACACUUGCGGAGCCAUAUUCCUCAGAUACAGAGUACUAUAGAGACUUCAAAAAGAAAAACAGCCAAGAAUGCAGAACACAGCAAAGAUGACACACAGAACCAACUUCAUGCUGCUCCUCAACUUCAAUCAAAUAUUGAAUCUACAAUAUUGAGCCCAGCAACAUCUGAAGGCCAGGCCACCUCUGAAGGAUCACCAAGCCCAAACACAAAAGACCAACCUGCUGACAAUUAUCUGCAUGAACCUUUGAAAAAUCAGAAAAGUUCAGUAACAACAAUCUUUGAGGUUUCCCUACCUGUUCUUGUGCAAUGCUCCGCAGAACUCCUCCAGUCUGUCAGCUCUGUCCCUGCAGUAUGAGAAGGGAAGAUCCCAUGCCCAGUAUUUGUCUCUUUACUGCCUGGAGAAGAGGAAGCCCUGCAGCUGCUCAGCAAAGACUUUAGCCCUGAGUCUGUGCUGCUGAUGGUAGAAGGGGUUAAACUUUCCUGAAGAAUCCAGUGGGAGGGAGACACAGAGCAGAUGGCAGUGCAGGGGUGUGUGGCCAGCACAGUGACGUUUCGUGCACUGACACAGACUUGGUCCCCAGGCUUGUGAAACAUUAUCAGAGCAGGGAGAGGAGCUGACAUCACAGGUCAUAUGAAAUAUGAGAAAGGGACCACUGCAGAUGAAGUGAGUGAAUUAUAAAGCUCUUCGAUUUGAUUAGUAAGAAACAUAUAAAGAACAAAAAAAAAAACUCUGACAACACCUUUCAUAUUUCGUAGCAUUUUAAUGUCAGUGUAAUACUGUCUGACAACCAAUUAGCCAUCUUUCUGGCAUAGAUUGAUAGACUGAUACCAAUGGCAGACCUAGGGGCCUUUGUUAGGCUCCUAGGUGCCAUGGUAAUGCAUCAGCACCCUAUAAGCCCCCUCUAUCUUUCAAGCUCUGUAGAUGCUGCAGUUGCUAUUAACCGCAGCAUCUAAGAGUUUAGAUGGCCAGGAUUGGAGGCUUCUCUGAUCUCACCAAGUUCACGUGCUGUUGAUUCUGCAGGCCCAGCUCUUCUGCUCCUGCAAUCGUUAUGACGUACCUGUACAUCAUGGUGCUUUAAUAUGUGGCAAACCAUGACAAUUCAGGUGCAUAAAGGGGUUAAUACUGGUCAAGUUUAGAUAGCAUAAAACUAGAUGAAACCGGCAGAAACUGUGCUAAAUUUAUCACAGUGGUGCAUGCUGUGUGAUAAAUUUGGCACGUCUUGACAUUUUUAAGUUGCUUGCAUAAACCUUGUGUAAAAUAUGUAAUAAAUGUGGUGAUUGGCAUGUACAGUAUGCUUGUUUUAUGGAGCAACUUGACCCAGAAUUCUGGUGGAAUUUGCUUGGUAAAUCCUUUCCAAAAACUUGUAAAGUAUGGACAAUUACAAUUUUGUUGCCAUUUGGACAUAGGCCCUGAUUUAUCACGCCUUCAUGCCAAAAUUCCGGCUUUUCUCAUUGG